GUGUGUCUUGUCCAAAAUUAGUAAACGCUUUUACUUCUAAUAACCUCACAAUAAAAUAUCCCAAAUCUGAUAUUUUACUAUUUGGGAUAUCUAAAAUAAAAACGAAUUCAGCGGACAAAUCAAUUAUCAGACCACAAAAAAUUAGUAAAGCUCAAAUCUUUUCCGGUUUUUGUUAGGUGGGUACUUUUUUUUUGUUUUUGUUUUUGGAUUUCCUCGUUUCUUACAACUUCCUCUGCAACUGUUUAAGUGUAAUAGAGGAUAGAAUCUAAUAAAGGGACCCUGUUUUCUUUGAGAUUGAGCAAGUUUUUGGAGUACUCAAUGUGCUUGUAGAAAGGCUUUUUCAUGGAUGUGGCAGAAAGUUUGUACUUAUAGCUUCAGGGUAUGGACUACAAGUUACAAGUUGCAGGAAUUGAAUCCCAACUUGAAAUGGGAUCGCUGGCUGAGAACGGAUCUGUGAAUGAGUUUGAGGAUGAGAGUCUUUUUACGCCCGAGUCAACGUGGAAGAUGCAAGCUAAUCAUAUAUCUGAAUAUGGAUCUGUAUCUGGUGGUAGUAAGAACUGGAGGAGUAAUAUUUAUAGGAGCGUAAAAAUUGUUGUUUUUUCAAAUAAAUUAAACUUACUUAUGCCAUUUGGGCCACUUGCGAUCCUUGUACAUAUAUCAACUGGGCAUAAUGGAUGGGUCUUCUUUCUUAGUUUAUUAGGGAUAACGCCUUUGGCUGAGCGUUUAGGUUAUGCUACAGAGCAAUUGGCUUUUUUCACGGGACCUACAGUUGGUGGUCUUCUUAAUGCUACGUUUGGAAAUGCAACGGAACUAAUUAUUGCUAUUUAUGCACUGAGACAUCGGAUGAUACGCGUUGUUCAAUUGUCUUUACUUGGCUCCAUUUUGUCAAACAUGUUGCUGGUUCUUGGAUGUGCAUUCUUCUGUGGUGGGCUUGUGUUUUAUCGGAAAGAACAAGUCUUUAACAAGGCAACUGCUGUUGUGAGUUCGGGAUUGCUGUUGAUGGCUGUCAUGGGUUUACUCUUUCCAGCUGUAUUGCACUAUACGCACACAGAAGUGCAUUAUGGAAAGUCAGAGUUGGCUCUAUCAAGAUUUAGCAGUUGUGUCAUGCUUGUGGUGUAUGCUGCAUAUAUUUUUUUCCAGUUAAAGGGUCAUACAGAUCCAUAUGUUCCUCUAUCAGAGGAAGUGAGUCAAAAUGUGGAAGGCGGGGAUGAGGUCGAUGAAGAAACACCCGAGAUCUGUAAAUCUGAAUCGGUGAUUUGGCUUGCAAUAAUGACAGUUUGGAUCUCUAUUCUAUCAGAAUAUUUGGUUGAUGCCAUCGAGGGAGCAUCUAAGGCAUGGAACAUACCGAUUUCCUUUAUUGGUGUUAUCCUGCUUCCAAUUGUGGGGAAUGCUGCAGAGCAUGCAAGUGCUAUCAUGUUUGCCAUGAAAGACAAGCUUGAUAUAUCACUGGGAGUGGCCAUUGGUUCAUCGACGCAAAUAUCUAUGUUUGCUAUUCCUUUCUGUGUUGUUGUUGGGUGGAUUAUGGGGCAGCCUAUGGACUUGAACUUUCAACUAUUUGAAACUGCAACUCUUUUCAUAACAGUUAUAGUUGUAGCCUUCUUUAUACAGGAAGGAACCUCUAAUUACUUCAAAGGACUAAUGCUCAUUCUUUGUUAUGUGAUUGUUGCUGCAAGUUUCUUUGUGCAUGAAGAUCCUAUUUCACCAGAUGGUGACAAUCAAAAACCGUAAGUCAUCACUGCAGCCGCAUUAUAGCCAGAAGUCAGAUCCGUCAUCUUGGUGUGUAUAUAUCACCCACUUUGAAAAAUCUAAUGUUUCUGCUUGUGCAAGUGCUUGUUCAGAUAAUGUCGUCGAAUGAGUAUCACCAUGCCCAUAUUUUUUGUUCGCUUUCUUCUGGCGCCUGGUUUCAUGCUCAAUGAUCUAUGGGGGUGAGGGUCAGAAUUGUUAAUAUAGUAGAAACUUUGAAGUACAAUUUUUGUAGUGUAUUUUAAAGUAUUUCAAGCAUUUGUGAUUCUGUUAAUUGCAGUACAAGUGUCUGUGAUUGGUUUUGAUUAAUGGGAAUGCUGAACUUAUGAAUUA